AUGCCGGGGCGGAUCGCACCCCCGGGAAUGUAUCCGUCGGUGCGGGGUCAGGGAGCUGCUCGUUUCGGCUCGCUCCCGGGGAUACUCAAUAUGGAGCUGAACUUGGACCCGUCGGAGCUGCAGCCGCUGGGGGAAUAUGAUUUCGAGAGGAGCUUCAAUGAUCGGGAUGCUAGGGAAUGGAUGCAGGACAACUGGCACAAGUCUUUAUUUUUUGCUGUGGCUUAUGUGAUCCUGGUCUUUGGAAUUCAGCAUUUCAUGAAGGAACGGAGAGGCUACAAACUGCGCGUGCCACUGACCCUGUGGUCCCUCAGUCUGGCCUUGUUCAGUGCCAUUGGGGCCAAUCGCAUCUGGAAGCAAAUGGCCUUCAUCCUCUCUACCAAGGGAUUUAAGCAAUCGGUGUGUAGUCAAUCCUUCUACGUCCACCCCAUCUCCAAGUUUUGGGUCUAUUUAUUUGUGCUGAGCAAACUCGUGGAACUGGGUGACACCAUGUUCAUUGUUCUCCGGAAAAAGCAGCUCAUCUUCCUCCACUGGUAUCACCACAUUACCACAAUGAUCAUCACCUGGUAUGGCUAUAAGGAUAUGGUGGCAGGCGGCGGCUGGCUUGCAGUCUUGAACUUCAGUGUCCAUGCUGUCAUGUACUCCUACUACAGCGUACGAGCCGCAGGCUUCCGGGUAUCCCGCUUCCUCGCCUUGGCAAUCACCUUAUCACAGGUGCUGCAGAUACUGGUAUAUAUAAUAUUGAACAUCUUGAUCAUCUUCUGGAUGGAGGAUAAGGUCUGCCACACCACCUGGAGAAUUGUUUUUCUUUCAUCCAUGGCAUAUCUCAGUCUCCUGGUGCUCUUCUGCAACUUCUUCUUCAAGACUUAUCUGAGGAGCACCCAGAAAUCAAAGGGGCAAUAA